AUGGCCCGUUCUAGAGGUGGUUCCAGACCAGCAGCAAGACGCCCAGCAGCAAGACCAAGUCCUACCAGAACACAAUCCCGUUCUGCUUCUACUAUGGCUGCCCCAGCUAGCUUUGGUGGCCAACCAGCAAGAGCUGCACCUACAUCAACUCCAGUGGCUGCCUCACAACAAGCUGGUGCCCAACCAAGACAACCUGGUCUAUUCGCACAAAUGGCCUCAACUGCAGCAGGUGUUGCAGUAGGUAGUGCAGUCGGCCAUACUAUUGGAGCUGGUUUAACAGGUAUGUUCUCUGGCUCAGGUUCAGAUAAUGCCGAAGCUGUUGCACCAUUUGAAGAAAAUGGUCACUUACAAGCACAACAAAGUCAGUUAUCCCAAGAACAAUCAAAGAUGUGUGAUGUUGAUGCAAGGAAUUUUACUCGUUGUCUAGAUGAAAACAAUGGUAAUUUCCAAGUUUGUGAAUACUACCUACAACAAUUAAAGGCCUGUCAAGAGGCUGCUCGUCAAUACUGA